GUGAAAACAAAGGCACAGGUUGCAACUACGACUUGCGAUCUGACUUGCGUGGUUUCCUGAAAAUGUGCGGAUUACUUUCGCUGUAAGGAAGAAAUAGAUUAGCUUUACACCCUGGCAGAGGUAGUCCGAAAAUGUCUUCCCCGAGCGCCGGGAAACGUCGCAUUGAUACGGAUGUUAUCAAACUCAUCGAAAGCAAGCACAAGGUGACGAUUCUGGGAGGGUUGAAUGAAUUUUUCGUGAAAUUCGUCGGUCCUCGGGAGACGCCCUACGAGGGUGGCGUUUGGAAGGUGCGUGUCGAUCUGCCCGAGCAGUAUCCAUUUAAAUCGCCCAGCAUUGGGUUUAUGAACAAAAUCUUCCAUCCAAACAUCGACGAAGCCUCGGGAACAGUUUGCUUGGACGUGAUCAACCAGGCUUGGACAGCACUCUACGAUCUGUCGAAUAUUUUCGAAUCCUUUCUGCCACAGCUGCUCACCUACCCGAACCCAGUCGAUCCCCUGAAUGUGGACGCAGCCACCAUGUACUUACAUAAACCGGAAGAAUACCGGAACAAAGUGGCGGAUUAUGUGCGGCGGUACGCGACGGAAGGCGCACUUCGGGAGCAAGAACAACAAGAGCAGUCCGACGGUUCCGACAGUGAAAGUAGUAUGUCUGACUUCAGCGAGAAUGAGGCGCAAGAUAUGGAACUGUAAGGCAAAUCGAAUCCGCCGCUUCGAUCCGCCGCAGGAUGUUUACUAAUUCUAGCUUGAUCAGCUGGUCUUCCUACUCGUCAUUCUCAUACGGCGGGGGUCAUUAAAGGACAGACAGAACAAAACCGAAGAAACGCGUAACAAAACGGCGUGAAAAAGCAUUCUUCAUUAAAAUGGAUAAAACAUGCUAAAAAUUUAAAUACCAAGAAACUCAAUAAAAAGAAAUGGCAUAAAGCAAAGUGACCACGUAUCCUU